AUGAGAGCAUUAGUAGUAGGCGGAGCAGGAUACAUUGGAAGCCAUGUAGUAUUCUACCUAUUAAAAGAUAAUUGUGAGGUCUUGGUAUUAGACAACCUUUCUUUUGGGAGUGAAUCAUCUAUCCCGAAGGGUGCAGAUUUUGUCUUAGGAGAUAUUCGCAACAAAGAAGUUCUUACGCGUUGUAUGCAAAAUUUCAAGCCUGAGGUAGUGGUUCAUUUAGCAGCUCUUAAAUCAGUAGGGAAAUCCAUACAUGAAAUAGCAGUGUAUUCUGAUAUAAACAUUACGGGAACCAUAAACUUGCUUAACGCAAUGAUUGCACAGAACAUCCCUUACUUUGUUUUUUCUUCAAGUGCCGCUGUAUACGGCACUCCCGUCUAUCUUCCUAUAGACGAAAAGCACCCUACAAAACCAAUAAAUUACUAUGGGGAAACAAAACUUAUUAUAGAGCAGAUGCUGCAGUGGUAUAGCAGAGCAUAUCCAUUCUACUACUCUGCUCUUAGAUACUUUAAUGCAUCUGGACACGAGCCAGCAAGUUCUUUUUUUGCAAUAGAAAAAAAUCCAGAAAAUCUCAUCCCCAUACUUUUGGAAACAGCACUAGGCACACGAAAGGAUUUUACACUUUUUGGGGACGAUUACGACACGCCAGAUGGUAGCUGUAUACGCGAUUACAUACACGUAAGCGAUCUUGCAAGGGCACACCUGCUAUCCCUACACUUUCUCAAAGAAAAAAAACAAUCGCUUACUCUUAAUCUUGGCACUGGUAAGGGUUUCUCGACGCGAGAGGCCUACGAGAGUGCUGUGCGGGUAACAAAGAAGGACAUUCCGCUUACUAUUGGGGGGAGAAGAGAAGGUGACCCUGCUUCUAUGUAUGCCUUAUCAGAUCGAGCAAGGAAUUUGCUUGCAUGGCAGCCCAAGUACAACAACAUAGACGAUAUCAUUCUCCACUCCUGGAAGGCAUAUCAGAGAAACUUUGAAACUUAG